GUCGUGCAUUCUCUGCCCUUCCCCUUUGCUCGUCUCGCGGUGCCGCCGUCUCUCUGGCGACGGUGACCAGAUGCCUCCCCUUCUGGUGCGCUGCUGGCGGCGCUCAGGCAAAUGCACUUCUCCUUCCUCUUUCUCCCCCCGCUGGCGGCGUUCGUCUGGCGAGCGGGACCCGCUGCGGUUCCUCUUCUCUCCCUGCCUUGACCGAUCCGGUGCGCACAUCGCGCUGCUGCGCUCCCAUUGCUGCCGACCGCGCCGCUCCUGCAACCAAAGCUCCGUCCCGUCUCUCCUUCCCUAAUGCCCGUGCGGCUCAGGAGAGCGUGGCUCAUCCUUCCAUCUGCCCCCGCGUGCCUGCUGCCGCUCCAGUGAACGCACGACGCCGCCGCUCCAACCUCCCUGCUCUCCUCGCCUGUCAUCCGAUCUGA